CUAAAAUGAAGCUUAAAGGUCUUGUUUUGUUUGUUCUUUUUCUGCUUGCGUGCUCUAUAGUAGCUGUGGAAUCAGAGGUUGAGCAUCAAGGUGAUGAGGUCUUGGAACCCAACCAACGUAGGGGUGGGUUCUGCCGAGGCGGGCGAACCCGAAGGUGUUGCGGUCGUUUUCUCCGGGGCCGGUGUUCGAGGUGGUGUUGCAGGAGUUCUGCUGAUGAUGAAGCGGUGCUUCUAGAGCACGAUGCCACAGAUGGUGGUAGUGGAGAAUAUGGCGGUGGAGGGCAAGGUGGUGGGGAAGGCGGCGGAGAAGGUGGUGGGAAAGGUGGCGGUGAACAUGGUGGUGGCGGCCAUGGUGGCGAAAAAGGUGGUGGUCAAGGUGGAGGAAAGGGAGGUGGUGAAUGUGGUGGUGGAAAAGGGGGCGGAGAAGGUGGUGGGAAAGGCGGAGGCAAGGGCGGCGGUGGUGGCAGCCACGAUGGUGGAAAAGGCGAAGGCAAGGGCGGUGGUGGGCGUGGAGGGGAGAAAGGUGGUGGUGGAAAGGGUGGCGGUGGGCAUGACGGAGGUAAAGGUGGAGGGAAAGGCGGCGGAUAUGGUGGUGGUGGUGGUGGAAAAGGCGGAGGGAAGGGUGGAGGAGGAGCAUAUGGUUGGAAGGAUGUUGUAACUCUAAGGGUGAAAGAACACUAG